UCAUAAUAUUCUUCCUUUUACUGCAAAGUAACACUACAUAUUCAUUGGUUGUUAACUAAUAAGGACAUGUACAUUGCCACCAUUAGUUUCCCAAAUGUCUGAGAGCAGCUUCCUAGUAGGUUCCCCCACUUAUUUGACAUGAUUCCCCCAAAUGUAAUUCUAAACCUUAAAUUUCCUUGCUUACAGGAUGCAAAGAUAUACUUUUCUAAUGAUACUCUACCAGAUGGAUACAGUGUGAACAAAGGAGAUAUGGUGGCUUACCAACCUUAUGCAAUGGGUAGGAUGAAAUUCAUAUGGGGUGAUGACACUGAGGAAUUCAGACCAGAGAGAUGGCUCAAUGAAGAGGGAAUAUUCCAGCCCGAGAGCCCUUUCAAGUUCACAGCCUUCCAGGCGGGGCCACAAAUUUGUGUAGGAAAGGAGCUUGCCUAUAGGCAAAUGAAGAUCUUCUUGGCUAUCCUGUUAGGCUGUUUCGAGUUCAAAAUGCCUAACGAAAAUAGAACUGUCAAUUACAGGACAAUGAUUAAUCUUCACAUAGAUGGAGGUCUCGAAAUUGGAGCCUUCCACAGGCGUGGAAAGUAGCAUGGUAUCUUAU